AUGCUGGAUUCUUAUAUAAUGUAUUUUCAGUAUAUAAAUUAAAAGUCCACCUUAAAUAAGUGAAGUCAUAGAUACAAAAGCAAGCAAUGCAUUAUUUAUGUAUUCAUUAUAAUAGUUGUAGAAACCGAAAGUACAAAAUGCCAACCUGUUGACAUUUAGUCGGAUUUGUUCAUUAUUGUACAACAGUGGGCAUAUUUAAAUUAAAAAUGAUUGUCAGACAUAUUUUCAAUCAUAAAAUUUGAAUGUCAAAUAUAAACAUUUGUUCUCUGUUUCUGUUACAUCUGAAACCACGUGGUAGAACUACCUUCAAUCCGUAUUAACUCCGAGGUUAUUAUAGAUAAUAGCCGAGGACGUUCCGAUUGGUUAUAAUGGAGAUAUAAUGUCCUGCUGUCUACACACAACGUCUAACAUUACAAAUUAUCUGAUUGAAUUGUGUGAUACAUUAUUUAUAGUUACCCAUAUGCUAUGACAUUUACAAGGACAUAAAGUUGAUUUUGAAACAUGGAUAACUAUGAAUUUGUGUCAGAGAAGAAAGACUACAGUGUUCCGGAAUUUCAUGACAGAUUUCAUAAAUGUCUGCCGAAGAUCUUAGAAGUGAAUCAAGGUGUGUGUAAUGAUAGAGACGAGGAAGCGUUUGGUAAAGGAGAGGUGAUAGUUAUCGGAGGUAUAUUUAGACAGAAACGUGUAAUAACAGAGUUACAAUUCAAUCAAAGAACAAGGUUAAUCAGUAUCCCUGAGACUUUCAACGAGAAAUUGUGUUUGAUCAAAGAUGGAAGACCUGGAAAGGAAGACACGCUGUUGAACAUCUUAGCCCACAACCAUCUUCCAAUAACCGUUUGUUUUCCAAGGAAUCGAACAAUAAGUUUAGGGGCUAAAACUGUAAAUAGCAAUCGUAUCCCACAUUUGACCCUGACCGAAAUGUUUGAUGAAGUUUACUUGCUUGGAAACUACAUCAAUAAUGGAGAGCUUUGUGAGAGUAUCGUGACAGUUCCGCUCUACCUGUCACAGCUGCGGGUGUCAAUUGUGAACAGUAUUAAAGAUCAACACGUGAAUGUUUGGAAAACCUACAAACGCAAAAUAAAUGAGGAAUGCUCAAAGAUAAAUUAUAACGGGGAAUUUGGAAACCAAGAUAUCGCCGAAUACGAUCCAAAGGCAGUGCAUACUGGCAAGGCAUUAUCACACCUAGAACCAAUGACCUACGAGAACAUUGUGAAUCUAGUACAGACCAAUGACCAAGCAUUGUUUCCAGAUAUGACACCAGAAGAAAUUGACGAUUUAGGCCUAUACGAAGACGUUCCCAUUGAGACCACGGGAGUGAACAAUCAAGAACUAUAUUACAACCAACCUGAAAAUAAUAAUGCAUUAAAGAAUGAACUGAAAACGGGAAUAGAUUCAUUAAUGCAAAGAACUUCAUUUAUACCAAAUGUCGUUCCAACAUACCAACCUACCAACCAAGAUACACAAGAAGGAAGGAAACAAAUAAACCGACCACCUAUUGCACCAAAGCCUAAAUUGAAUAAAGAUACUCAAUCGAACCAGGCGGCUGCCCCAGCUCUUCCAGUAAGACCAGAAUCCAAAUAUAGAAAGGUCAAAGCUGGGACGCACUCUGUGCCUAACAACACUUACACAAACAUUCUUCCAACGAAUUCCGUUGUUCCGACUGUCCAGGCUACGCAACCACAUCUUCCGCGGGAGGGCUACCAAGGCUUAAAAAGUACCAGCCCUGAUGAAGGCAAAUAUCAAUCCUUGUCUCGAUCAAUUAGCUGCAGGGGAGACGUUGCAGGACUUUCAGUGAAAGAAGUAUGCGAAUAUCUAAGAGCACUAAAUCUAUCAAAGUAUGAAGCCAACUUUAAAGAGCACAUGAUUGACGGAGCAAUGUUAGUCGAACUCGAACCUGAACUUUUCCAAGAAGAAUUUGGGAUGAAAAAAAUAGAGGUCGUUCGACUGAUGAAAUUUGCAAAGGAAGGGCGGCUUCCAGUUCAAAGCAAAUGACUUUUUACGUUCAAUUAUAGUAUUGCGUAAAAUUUACGAAUUGAAAAUAUUUAGGUAUCCUAAAGGUCAUAUCAAGUUAUUUUUUUUAUGAAGUAAAACAUGGCAACCGUGCCAAAAUCCACAUCAUAAAAAAAACCUUAAAAUAAAUGCUUUUAAGAUUGUGUCAUAAGGCAUAUGAUGAUAUAUGUAAUAUAUGUGUUCCAUGUUAUAAAUAAUGAAAAGUAUGCAUAUGUCAUUUAAUGACAAUAUAUUACAGAAUUUCUUCAGGCAAUGGAAACUGUUUUCACAAUCAAUGUAAAAAUGAAAUAUUUUUUCAAGACAGAGGUUUUUGGGAAACUGUUUAUAAACAUAUGUUUAUAGUUUAAUAAUAAUAUACACACAAUAUACAAUUUCAUAAUUUCACAGACAUAAUCAAGUGUGCAUACAAAAGGGUUUGGCUAAAAGUGCUAACAACAUUAUCGUGGGCCCUUCCCUGAUAUAUAAUUACCUCUUAUUUCUCGAAAUAUCCAGACACGGUCAAAAACAUAAUUAUAUAGGCAGUAGUAUUAUAAUUUUAUUUGUCCAAUAAUUUGACCAACUUUAUCUAGUGAUGUUUACACUAAUCCGUGAAUGGCUGAAUUUGUGUAAUGAAUUUGCCCUGCUUUGAAUUUGGAACAGCCCAAUCUAACAAAGUGUGAGCUAAUUAAAGUAUAGAGCCUGGUCAGACUCCACGAAUGAGCAUCAGUCGUAUCACUAUACUGAUAGGAAAGCCGUAUCACGUUCGAUCCCAGCAAGUGUAUGGCAGCGAUGCGGUGACAUAACUAAUACUUUACACCAAUAUCAGGUGCGUUUUGUAUAAUAAGUAAUACAAAGUGAAAUCUAUCACAUGCAUGCAAAUGUUCACACAUUGGUGAGGAAUAAUAUGCGACUUUCAUUAGUCAAAUUUGAGAAAAAGAGGUCAAAUGUAAAAUGAAAUGUUACAUAUUAUUACAUAUGUAGAUGACAAUGGUUAAAAAAUCAUACUACUUGUAAAGAUUUUGAAUGUUGUAAGCCAAGAACACUGUCUUAAUUUUUAUUUUUUAUACAUUCAAACGUUAAUAUUUAUGCAUGUAUAUGUAUCUAUGUAGUUGCCUUGCCGGACUAGUUGCCGGUGGCCCUGUGUCCCUCGUUUUUUGCUUGAUGCGUUCAUUUAAUGUCGCUCUGCGUUGAUGAAUGUGUUCCCAUGUUUUGUUGGUACUUUUAUAUACAUGUAUGUGUAAGAUUCCUAUCCAAAUGUUACAUGUAUAUGUAGAUAAUAUAAUAAUAUUACAGUAUAUAGACACAGAGAAUUAAAAUUACUAGAAACCUUAUGUGAUAUUCGAAAAUCAAAUGUUUAUAUACUAAGAUUUAAAGAAAAAGGAGGGGAUAUAUUUAGACGAAAUCAUAAUUUUAUUACAGUAAACGUUUACCUAUCUAGGGAAAUCUUUUCCCUCGUUUUUGUUGUUGGAUGCGUUCAUUUAAUGUCGUUCUACCUUAUUGAUAUUUUGAAGGUAUGUAUGUUUAUGUAUUUAUAAAAAUUCUUUUUUUAUGUUAUUAUAGAGAUUAUUUAAUAAUUAUGUAUGAAACAGAGGAUUAAUGUUACUCAAAUAUUGUAAUAUGCAGAAACAAAAUGUUGAUAUGCUUAGACAAAAGUUUUUAUUUAAAAGAAAAGGGGAAGGAGUUAGAAUUAGACGGAUUUAUAAUUUCAGUACUGUAAACGUUUACAUAUCUAGGAAAAUCUUUUAACUGUAGUUAAAUCUUUUGAUAUGACUUUUGCAACACAUUUGGACAGGAUUUUAUGGUGUUGUAUAAUUAUGUCAGUUACACAUAAACACAUAGAUUGCAUUGAUAGAUUUAGUUUUACAAGACAUGCUGGCCUUUCAAUAAAAGAAAAUGUCCUAUUUGUUCUAAAUUAGGAGAUGAAUUUCAUUUCAUAAAUUAAUUGAAUAUUCCUUAAAACGUUUGAAUAGGAACAAAACUGAUUAAUGUAAAUUCAUUCAUCUGAUAUAACGAUAUAAUUUGUUUUCACUUUUUUAUCUCACAUUUAAGUUUCCCUACCCUUUUCAAGCUUUAAAUUGUUCAUUAUUUGAUCCAUGUUUUUCAAAUUAAUACACCAAACUUUGAGAUUCAUUACAUGUUAGAAAUUGUAUAAUAAAUGGACACCAAUCAUGCCAAAGUAUUUUCGCAUAUACAUGUAUUUAUUACAUGCUUUUCGGUGGUUUAUAGAAAUAUAUCAGUAAUAUAAAAUUGGUAAUUUCACUGUUUGAAACAGUGAAAUUACCACUUUGAUAAUUUCACUGUUUUGAAUUUAAGCCCCUUACGUUGUUUCAGUGAAAUACCAGCGUGCACAGUACUGGGUACCAACUUAAUGACGUGACGUCGUAAAUGACGUCACGUUGUAUAAUUAUUUGGCGCGCUUUUCAUUCAGUAUUAGGUUAAAUGUCUUUUUAAAACGUUUCUUUGCAUGUAAUAAAAAGAAAAUUUGCUUAGUUUAGUGUAAGAUCGAAAUAUACUUCACCUUGUGAACACCAAAAGUUAAUAUUUCACUCGUGGCUGCGCCACUCGUGAAAUAUACCUUUUGGUGCCCACUCGGUGAAAUAUAUUCCGAUCUUACACUGAACUAAACAAAUAUCCUCUAUGUAUAUCAAUGUUUAGUAAAGAAUACUGUUUUUGUAUUUGGACACUUAUAAUCCUUUAAUAAAUAUAUUUGUUAACAGAU